AUGUCUUCAAUUACAGUCAACAGCUGCGAGGCUACAGUCGGCUACUUCUUCUUCAAAGAUGAAAGUGCACAAAGGUCCAGCAUGAAUUCUGCGCUGUGUGCCAUUUUACACCAGCUCUUUAGUCAAGAAUCCACGGAGAGCUUAAUUGAACAUGCUCUUCCUUUGUUCAAGCGAUGUGGCGAUGAACUCACAAAUGACUUUGAAGACUCGUGGACUCUUUUGCUGGAUUGCUCCGAAAAGUAUAUCAACGACGAUAUCAUGUGCGUUUUGGAUGCUUUGGACGAAUGCAAUAGCCAUGAUCGUCAGCAGCUCAUAAGGCGGCUAGACCAGCUAUAUGCCGACAAAAGGCCAUCUACUAAACGGCUCAAAUUCUUAAUUACCAGUCAAACAUAUGACGACAUUGAACGAUCUUUUGAGCCAGUGUCCAAACAUGCGCAGUAUUUCCGCUUCGACGCCGAUAAACGGCAUAACGAGAUUAGCCACGACAUCAGCUUAACAUAUCUCUGGCUUCAACUGACUUUGAACAUUAUCGCUAGCCAUCCUCGUCGUUAUGGCCGCCUACGGGAUGUGGAAACACUCCUUUCCGAUAUCCCCUUGGAAGUCUCUGAAGGAUCUGAUAAGAUUUUAAGCCGAACUGAAAAUGACAUAACAACAAGCCUUUUGCUUCAGAUAGUUCUCGCGGCUAGACGCCCAUUAACGCUUGAUGAAGCUAAUUUUGCCUUGACUCUAGCUCGGGAAGGGGCUGAUGUCGAGACACAUGAGCAGCUGGACGAUGCAUGUUGGCCGGGAGACUUCAAGUCCGACGUCACAAACAUCUGCGGUCUUAUAAUCAAUGUGUAUGAUGGGAAGCUAUUCUUUAUCCAUUUGACAGCCCGAGAAUUCUUGGUCAAGACUCCUAAGCUGGCGACUUCAAAUACGAUGACAUGGGGUGGCAGUUUUGCGGAUUCUGCAGCCCUUUAUGCCAUCAUGGCGAGAGCUUGUAUGCAGUACUUGCUUUUCUCAGAACUGACAUGGCAGGUCCGGCCGUUGAUACAGGAGGCCAACGAAAAACAUAAGCUGUUUGGCUAUGCUUCAACGUUUUGGCCGCUUUACUUUAACGCACGGGGUAAAGCUGAAGAUUUAGAGCUGUUAUAGUAGGCACGACAUCUAUGCUCGCAUGCGC